AUGAACGGGGUAACUUUGGCAUUUUAUAUUGUGAUAUGUGUCACUGUGCAUUAUAUCCAAGGUUCGCCGACAACCACUGACGUGAAUGGAACUGAGCCAGGAGAUAUGGAUGGAAAGAAAUUAGUGGAAAUUGGGAAAAAAUUAAAAUUACCGAAAUUACGGCUUAUCGGGAAAACUAUUGAAAAUCUAGAAUUGAAGAACAGAGACAGAGUUGGUAUUUGUGGUGGAUUUUGUCCCAAAGACUAUAAUGUAACAAAGAAUGGGUUUUGCGUGAAGCUUUAUUCUGACAAACAACGGACUCAGACUCAGGUCUCGGCGGAACAACAGUGUCAGGAUGACGGGGGGCAUCUGAUGAAUAUAGACUCCGAGGAGAAGUACGAGGAUGUGAGCAGUCUCUUGAAAGGGUUUAGUUCUGGUGUCUGGAUUGAUGGGCAUAGGAAGGAUGUCAGUUCUCCGUGGCAGUACAAGUACGGUUCACAGAAAGGAUUCUUCAAGUGGAAAUCUGGUCAACCAAGCAAUGGCUCAAAUGAGCUGUGUCUGUUGAUAUAUCUUUCCAGUGGAACAACAUUAGUUUGGUAUGACAAUACGUGCGGCUCUAAUUACUACAAUCUAUGUGAAAUAAUAUAAUGCUACGUUUCAUGUACCAUUAUGAAGACAUCGCUUAUAAUAAAUAAUUGUCUUAAAUAGGAAAUAUACAACAGUGACUGUUCAUGUGUGUACAUAUGAGCCGUGCUAUGGGAAAACCAACAUAGUGGGUUUGCGACCAGCAU